AUGUCUCUCGCAUCUGGUGUUCAGGUUCAGGAUGAGUGCAUCACUGCAUUCAACGAGUUCCGUCUGAGCAAGGGCAAGACCAAGUUCAUCAUCUACAAGAUCUCCGAUGACAAGAAGAGCGUUGUUGUCGACGAGGUUGGCCACGACCAGGACUACGAGGUCUUCCGCAGCAAGCUCGAUGCUGCUAAGAACGCCAACGGCUCCCCCAUGCCCCGUUUCGCUGUCUACGACGUCGAGUAUGACCUUGGUAGCGGUGAAGGCAAGCGAAGCAAGAUCAUCUUCAUCUCCUGGGUUCCCAGCGAGACCCCUACUCUGUGGUCCAUGAUCUACGCCAGCACCCGUGAGCCCCUGAAGAGCGCACUCAACGUCUCCACUUCCCUCCACGCCGACGACAAGUCCGACAUCGAGUGGAAGCACGUUCUGAACGAGGCCAGCGGUGGCAAGGCUGGCAAAUAG